AGACAUUUGAGCACCACUUUUGCGUCAAAUCUCAAUAAAAUAGACAACCGAACAAACCAAAAAUAUGUUCUCUCUAAUUCUGUAAAUUUUCACUAUAAAUAAUAACCCCUUCAUCUUCAACUUUGAUCAUGUGAGUCCUUAUCUUUAGCUUAAAAUAUGUUAAAUUUGAUGAUUUUUUGGCUGCUAGGAUCUUCCAUAGCAGUUGCCGCCAUUGAUGAAAAAUUGCAUGUAAUUCAAAAGGAAUGCAGUUUUACUAGAUAUCCUAGCCUUUGUGUUCAAACAUUGAUGGAAUUUAAAAAUAAUCAUCUACAUAUUGUUUCUGCUCUUGUUAAUAAAACUAUUUUAGAGACCCAAUUGCACAAUUCUUACUUCAAAUCAUUGAUCACCGCUCAAUUUGAAAUUCAAGAAGCUCAACAUCUUCAGUCCAUCACAGAUUAUUGCGACGAGCUUAUGAAGAUGUCACUAAAACUCCUAGACAAGUCACUAAUGGCACUAAAUCAUCAAUCACGACGAAUUAACAAAAACGACAUCCAAACAUGGCUAAGCGCUGUCGUAACCUACCAACAAGCCUGCAAAGAGUCCGUUAACACCUCAGGUCAACCCGCCGGCGACUUUGCAUCUCAAAUAUCCCGCAAAAUGGAUUAUCUUUCCGAGUUAGUCAGCAACCCAUUAUCCCUCGUCAACAGAAUUAGCGACGGCGACGAAAAUAAAAAAAUCAAAUACAAUACUAAAUACAGACACCUAAAUGAGGAAUUAGAAGAUUUUCCGAAGUGGGUAUCGGCGAAGGAUCGGAAAUUGCUUCAGAGCAGUACAAUUAAGGCUAAUGCGGUGGUCGCUAAAGAUGGGACUGGAAAUUAUAGGACAGUUUCUGAAGCUAUAAAAGCUGCUAGUGGCGGCCGUUUUGUAAUUUAUGUGAAGGCGGGAGUUUAUACAGAGAAAAUUAGAAGCGGUAAAGAUGGGAUUACGUUGAUCGGAGAGGGUAAAUACUCGACUGUGAUUGUUGGUGGUGAUAGUGUACGCGGUGGCUCGUCCAUGCCUGACUCUGCUACUUUCACAAUCACAGGUAAUGGAUUCAUAGCUAAAGACAUCGGAUUUCAAAACACAGCAGGACCUCAAGGAGGACAAGCCCUAGCUCUCUACAUAGCCUCCGACCGUUCAGUUCUCUACAAAUGCAGUAUCUCCGGCCACCAAGACACUCUAUACGCACUCUCGCAACGCCAAUUCUACCGAGAAUGCGACAUUUCCGGCACCGUAGACUUCAUAUUCGGCAACGCCGCCGCCGUUUUCCAGAACUGCAAUUUACUCCUUCACCGCCCUUACAACAACGGAGCCUACAAUGUAAUUCUAGCAAAUGGACGAACAGACCCCGGACAAAACACAGGUUUCUCCGUUCAGAAUUGCAGAAUAACGGCCAGUUUCGAUUUUUCUCCGGUCAAACGUAGCUAUAAUUCGUAUUUAGGUAGGCCUUGGAAGCAGUAUUCGAGAUCGGUGAUUAUGGAGUCGUAUAUAGAUGAUGCUGUAUCGUCGAGCGGGUGGAUUGCAUGGCCUGGUGCGACGUCGUAUGAUAAAACGCUUUAUUUCGCCGAGUAUGCAAAUACUGGCCCCGGAGGCGGAACCUCCGGGAGGGUAAAUUGGGAAGGACAUCAUGUUAUUGGAGCUGAUGUAGCGGUUGAAUUUACGGUUGGUCGUUUUAUUUCAGGAACUUCUUGGCUGCCAUCUACUGGUGUCACUUUUGUUUCUGGUUUAUAGUUAACGGGUUUACUUAAAAUUUGUCGGAAUCUGAAGUGAAUUCCAAAUGUUAGAGUUUGUAGACUAAACCAAUUUAUUAAAAAAAUAUAAUAAGAAUAUUUGGAUAAAAAUAACUAGUGAUUAUAGUUUGAGUGUAGUUCAAUUUACUGGGGUUUAGAAUUGUAAUGUUUCGAUUUUUAAACUCGCUCUUAUUGGCUCGUAUAA